AUGGCGCCGUUUUGGAAGAAAACGUCUAGAGACAAGCCGCUGCCUCCUCCUCCUCCUCCUCCGACAACAGGGCCCGCCGCCUCGACAGGCAAUCUGAAUGAUCCUCCAAGACACGCAGUCUCUGCGAAUCAGGAGCACAACGUCGGUCGAAAUGGCGGUCCCUCGAUGUCGCGCCGAACACCGACCCUUGGCACGCCCGUAGCUGAGGGUGAGGCUGCGGCCGAAUAUUUCCCACCUCUUGAGGGUACCGCGUCAUCCGUCCAGCGAUUCCCAUCCUACCAUGAAGCAUCGCGACCGCAAUCCUCGGGUCAGGCCUCGGCUGCCAGAGCUCGCGCAGGUAGCGGUGCCUCCGCUCCCUUGGACGAGAUGACCCGCACGAUAUCUCGCCAGCCCAGUAUCAGGCUCCGUCGCCGAACUUCGUCUGUCAGGUCCGGAACAGCCCAGCCAGGGUCGCUCGGGGCAGGCAGCACCUCAGCCACGAGCAGCGUAUCGGACCACCGACCUAGGAGCAUCUCUCAGCCAGAUCGCGCCCAUGUGGCUGCCGACGCAAGCGCUCCAAGUCGGCACUCUAGAAGAGUACAGCCUGCCGCCAUGCCGCGUCUGACGGAGGAAGACCCAGAAGUCCAGACUCUUUCGACUCUUACGAAUGUGCAAAACUCGCUUUUCGUGCCGGACUUGGGCAAAUGGGUCAAUCGACGCCCGACUUUCAACCUGUCUGAACACAAUCUUGAACGUGCCGCUAAACUGCCGCCGACACCAGGCGCGCCGACACCAGGUGCGCCAACAGCAGGGCCUGCUACUGGGUGCAUGGGUCGGAUCGGCGAGGAUCGUGAUGCAGAGACGCUUGCUGAGGCCGGAGUCGAUGUUGGACGGCCUGGUUUGCAACGGUCCAGCACCAUUACAUCUCGCCUCACUGAAUCUCACUACGCCGCCCUUCCCCACGGCGCCAGUCUUCACGGGUGGACAGAAGAAGAGAAAUGGGAGCUCGAUGAUCACGUGCGUCACAUGAUGCACUCUCGACGCUCCAAGUUCAAGAGACAGAUGAAGGGGUUUGGGCAGUAUGUGAGACAGCCCUUGGGUUUCUUUGUCACUCUCUACGCCACCCUGAUUACACUAUUUGGACUGGCUUGGGUUCUUUUCCUCAUUGGCUGGGUCUAUGUGGGCGAUAAGCAGCUGUACGUGAUUCAUGUCAUUGACAGUGUGCUUGUCGCGUUGUUUGCUAUCAUGGGUGACGGACUGGCUCCUUUCCGGGCGAUCGACACGUAUCACUUGUGGUUUGUCCUACGAUACGCCAGGAUUGUCAAGAAAGGGGGUGUGCGCCCCCGAUCGAGGCUGCAAAAAAACAAUGUUCCCGAGUCCAUCCGAGCCAGCGUCGAUGCUGCACGCGCUGUGCAAGCUGCAUCUCACACGUCGGAGCCACUCCAGCCAUUGCGUCAAGUGGACCAGGUUGCGGCUGACACGGAGAGUCAACAGUCGAACCCAGAGGUCAACGACUACAUGUUGCGCAACAACAUUGUCGUGGAUGCGGAUGACGCCAAGUCCGGUAUCGAGGCUUAUGAGCGUACGCCAUUGACGCCAAAGCAGCAGCAGAGCCUACAUCAUCAUCAGUCGAAACUGGCCAAGUCUCACAGUUUUUACAAGCCUCAUGAGACGGCGACUCAUUAUGCCUUUCCUGUCAGUUAUUUAACAGCCAUUGUCAUUCUGCUGGACUGCCACUCAUGUCUGCAAAUCUCCUUGGGGGCUUGCACGUGGGGUAUUGAUUAUCGAACUCGGCAUAAAGCCAUCACCACGGUCAUCCUGGCUGUCAGUAUCACGGUAAACAUUACGGCCGGUAUUGUUAUCACGGUUGGCGACAGGAAGACGAGGAAGAAGGAUGUAUGGAAGCUGAUGAACCGUCAAGAGUUAACUGGCGAUGCGAUGAAGCUGGUCGAGGAGAAAAGAUCCAACUCGACUCCCCAAAAGGUAGGAAAUUCGCCCGAAUCCGAGAAUGGCACGGAAGCAAGCAGAGAAGCCAGCUUGUAUGCCGCCGACUCGAGGGCGGCCUCCAGGACGGAUUCCAAGACGGACUCCAAGAAGUUGGUCAAGCGCGCGUAUGGCUCUGGGCGACGGUACGAGCUGGACUGA